GGCUUGAACAAAAGAAAGACAUACACAACACACACUUCUUCCUCAGACACAGAGCUUGCAAAUUAAUAACCGUAACUAAAAGCAAUGGCCACUCAUUCGCCGAAUCCAACCACCGUCAAAUUCCUCUGUAGCUACGGCGGAAGAAUCAUUCCGCGUUUUCCCGACGGCAAACUCCGUUAUCACGGCGGCAAUACACGUGUCCUCUCCGUUCCUCGCUCCAUAUCCUUCACUGAGCUUGCGAGGAAACUCGGAGAGAUCUGCGGGAUAACAGUGAUCAGUCUCCGGUGUCAGUUACCGACGGAAGAUCUCGACGCGCUUAUAAACGUGACCUCCGACGAGGAUCUAAAGAAUCUCAUGGAAGAAUACGAUCUCGAUACGACGGCUCCGUCGCUUAAGAUCCGUGCUUUUCUUACUCCGCUAAAACCAACGAGGACGACGACGACGAUGGCGUCUCCUCCGCUUUCAACGGCGUCUUCUUCUUCUUCUUCUUCGUCGACAUCGUCCUCUCGCUCUCGCUCUCCUCCGUCGCCGUCGUCAACUGUAAAUCCGGCGGGAGCAUGUCCAAGCUGUGUAGAGAGAUCGAUCCUUAACAAUGGUGGCUACGUUCGUAGAAGUCCGAGCCAUAACCGAUUCCACCUCAACCACAAUUGAAAACAAAAAUUAAUCACAUAUAAGUGAGUUUUUUAGAUGUAGUAAUUGAGCUUGGUUAAGAUAAUCCGGUUAUCGAAUCCGGUUAUUUGUGAUUAGUUUUUGGUUAUAUUGUGCUUCACCAUAUAUUGAGUGAGGUUGUAAGCACUGUACUUGUUCAUUAACGAUGAAUGAGAGAGAGUCUUCAG